AAAAGUAUUGCACUGUUCCAAGUCCAAACCAUAUUCGUAGUAAGCAGUUUAAACCUCAAUGAGCAAAUUCCCCAUUAAUCUCCUCAAUAUGCAGCUCUAGUUUCACCACAAAAGCCACUUUUUUCACUUAUAAAACUCUUGAUGACCACCUUAACCACUAGCUGAUCAUUUCCGAAAGCGGUCCAUUGGCUUAACCCUGAACCCUAGAACAACAAGGAGAAAGGAUGGGGAGAGGGAAGAUUGUUAUUCGAAGGAUCGAUAAUUCUACAAGUAGGCAAGUAACCUUCUCAAAGAGAAGAAAGGGGUUGAUUAAGAAGGCGAAAGAGCUCGCAAUUCUAUGUGAUGCAGAAGUUGGUCUUGUGAUCUUCUCCAGCACUGGGAAGCUCUAUGAAUUUGCAAGCACCAGUUAUGUUCCAAGUAAACUAACAUUUGCUGUUUUUACUUGCCAGUUUUGGCAAAGAGAGGCUGCAAUCUUGAGGCAACAACUACAGAAUUUGCAGGAGAACCAUCGGCAACUGAUGGGUGAACAGCUUCACGGUUUGAGUGUUGAAGACCUGCAGAAUCUAGAGAACCAACUGGAGAUGAGUUUGAGGGGUGUUCGUAUGAAAAAGGAACGGAUAUUAACUGACGAAAUACAGGAAUUGAGCCAAAGGGGGAAUAUCAUACAUCAGGAGAAUGUGGAACUGUACAAGAAAGUAAAUCUUAUGCGCAAAGAAAACAUGGAAUUAUACAAGAAGGUUUAUGGAACAAGGAAUGUAAAUACAUCAGAUGGAAAUGCCUUAACUUCAUAUUGUUUUGACUCUGGAGAGGGUUCACAUGUCCCCGUUCAUCUUCAACUAAGCCAACCUGAGCCACAAAAUUAUGACACACCAAAUAGAUCUAAGGAUUAAAGGUAAACGCAGUUUUUAUAUCAAAUAGAAAUCUUUUCAUGUCAACAUCAAUCUAAGUAUAUUCCAUGAAACUGCAGAAGCCCAGGAAAGAAGGUUGUGAGGAAUUCAGACUCAUGUUACUUCAUCCUCAACAAACCUCAAGUCUAUAAGAAAAUUAUUCUUGGAGAGAUGAUCUAGAUAAAGUAUAAUCCGUGCAAUGACCAGUCUGACAUUGUUUGUGGCAGUACAAUGAAAUCACUAAAGUUAUCAGAGGACGAGGAAUCCAUGUACGUGCAAAUCAAAAAUUUAAAUAAAAUAUUGUUUGCACAAAACUAUCUCCUCCAUAAAAAAAAAAAAAUUUACCAUUUUUAAUGAGAUCUAGGUCUUCUUAUACUGUGUUCAUUAAAUAUAUCACAUUCGAAUGA